AUGACGACGACCUCUUUCGCACGCGAAAUCAACACACAGGUGUUCUGGCGCUGUCCUGAAAGCCGGCUGGCAACUGCCGUGGAAUGUGUGAAGGUCACACUCCAAGAGCCUCAGCAGAAAGCCGUCAUCAUCCGCAGCAUCCGCAUCAGGUCCGGGAAGCCACGGCGUCGUCUUUCUGAGCUUGAUGCACUCGAUGCUGGGGACUUGAACCAGGCAGAUUUGAUGGUGGACUUGGAGAAUUGGCAGGGGAAGAUGGUCACAUGGAGCAUCAGC